AUGAUGGAGCGAACCUACGGCCGUCGCAAGCCGGGCAUGCCGCCGAGGACCAUAUCAGACUCUCUAAACGACACAGUUUCGCAGGCGGAAUAUAUCUCUUCCUCUUCGUCGCCGGACAUCGAACCCGUUGAUUACUCUCUUCCUCCUUUCUCCAGUCAAGAGUCUUCCUCUCUAUGGCAUUCUUCUCCGAGGUCAUAUUUCCAAGAUGAUUACUCACGGAACGGAGUCGUACGGAUUCCGAAAAGAGUGAGGAACGGAGAGGCUGUCGCUUUUACUUCUACGUUGCUCGAGGCGCAGGAGUUUGGCGAGCUGAUGGAGCACGAGGAUGAGGUUAACUUCGCGCUUGAUGGGUUGAGGAAAGGACAGCAGCUGAGGAUCCGAAGAGCAAGUCUAUCAUCUCUACUGUCGAUUUGCGCAUCUCAACACCAGCGCCGCUCCUUGAGAGCUCAGGGGAUCUCCCAAUCCAUAAUUGAUGCGAUUUUGAGUCUUAGCCUUGAUGACACACCAAGCAAUCUUGCCGCUGCCACUCUUUUCUUUGUUCUAACUGCUGAUAGUCAAGAUGAGCACCUUAUGGAGUCACCCAAGUGCAUCAAGUUUCUGAUAAAGUUGUUGAAACCGGUGAUUGUUACUAGCACUCAAGGGAAGCCACGGAAUAUAGGAUUUAAGCUCUUAUCAUUACUUAAGGAUGAUGCUGGAGCACGGGAUGCAGUGAAAAUGAAUGAUCCAAGCUCCAGUGAUAUACUUUCAAGAGUUGAGGAACUUCUUGUUAAUUGCAAGGAAAUGAGAUCGACUGAUAGCUAUAAAACUGAAACAACGAGACCUGAGCUUAGUACGAAAUGGGUAGCUUUGUUGGCCAUGGAGAGGGCGUGCUUAUCCAAAAUUUCUUUUGACGAUACUUCUGGUUCUGUGAAAAAGAGCGGAGGGAAUUUCAAGGAGAAACUGCGAGAACUAGGAGGACUUGAUGCAGUCCUUGAGGUUGUUAUGGACUGUCACACUGUUAUGGAGCGUUGGGUGGAAUACGACACACUUUCCGUCCAGGAUAAGAAAGAUAACCUCCAUAAGCAGAAUUUAAUGUUGCUUCUAAAAUGUCUGAAAAUCAUGGAGAAUGCUACGUUCCUCAGCACAGAGAACCAGAAUCAUUUGCUCGCGUUUAAGAAAUGUUUGAGUUCUCAUGAAUCCCGAAUGUCUUUCACAGAGCUCAUGAUAAGUGUCAUUAAGAUGCUUUCAGGUCUUCACCUACGUGGAGGUUUUCCAAGUCCUCACAGGAACGAUAUCAAUCCUCACGGUUCAAAUGGUGGCAAUCGGGAUUCUAUCUUGGGAGCAGAUUGUAAAGUUAACAAUGAGGUCGUGACAAUCAGUUCAGAUACGUGCUCAACCCUUGGCUCUAUCUCUACGAGGAAUGGGAGUGUAUCCUCCCGGAGAAGUCCUUCCAUAAUCGAUUUAGAUUCAACACCAACAUCAAUGUCGAGCUCUCAAUCAAGUGUGUCAGGAAAUGAGCCCACUAAGUCAACAACGAGAGUUGGUUCGACCAUUUCUAGUUCAUUUGCUGGUAGAUUGGCGUCAUUUGGUAGUGGCAUUGCCAGAAGUACUUCAAGGAGUAGUGAAGCUGCAGAACCAAGUUCUAAAAGAAAUGGAAAUUUGGCAUCCCUAGAGGAAAACCAAGACCCUUUUGCGUUUGAUUUGGAAGAUUCUAAACCUUCCAAGUGGGCAGUAGUAUCUGUAAAGCAAAAGAAAUCUAGAGCUCAAAAGAAGAAAGGAUGCCACAAAGAAAGGAAAGACGAACGUCUGUAUCAGCUGUUCUCGAGCCAAGAGGAAUCAUCAAACCAUAGGUGGAAUUCCCAGGAAGAAUCAAGUGACAGAGACUGCAGUAUAUCGCUGCAACCAACUUCUUCUACAGAUGACAUUGAUGAAGAAUGUCUCUGUCUUUUAUCUGAUUGCCUUUUAACAGCCAUAAAGGUUUUGAUGAACCUAACAAAUGAUAACGCCAUUGGUUGUCGGCAAGUUGGUGGGUGCAGAGGGCUAGAAAGCAUGGCUGAAUUAAUUGCCAGACACUUUCCGUCUUUCACCAGAUCUCCGCUUUUCAGUGAGAUGGAAAUGAGUCAGAAGAAAGAUAAACAUCUUACAGAUCAGGAGUUGGAUUUUCUUGUUGCCAUCUUGGGUUUGCUGGUAAAUUUGGUUGAGAAAGACGGAGUGAACAGAUCACGGCUUGCUUCAGCGAGUGUUCCUAUCACAAAACUAGAAGGGUUGCAAGAGACUGAACAGGAGAUGAUUCCUUUACUGUGUUCAAUCUUUCUCACCAAUCAAGGAUCAGGAGACACCAAAGAAGAGACGACUACUUUCACCUUAGAUGACGAAGAAGCUGUUUUAGAAGGCGAAAAGGAAGCGGAAAAGAUGAUCGUGGAGGCAUACUCUGCUCUACUGCUCGCCUUUCUUUCAACUGAAAGUAGAAGUAUACGUAACUCCAUCAAAGACUAUCUCCCGAAACGCAAUCUCGCAAUUCUUGUACCGGUCUUGGAUAGAUUUGUGGCAUUUCACACGACUCUGAACAUGAUCCCUCCGGAGACGCAUAAAGCAGUGAUGGAAGUGAUUGAAUCCUGCAAAUUGCCGUAA